AUGAGCGAAACAUCAAUCACCACGUUAUUACCCGUUCGAAAUUAUCCUCGCCAAUCAAGAGUUCAUAAGAAAAAUUCUCUCAACUCAUACUCUAGAAUUUCAUCUUUAUAUUCAAAAUUUCCUCGAGCUCCGGAGGACCAUUCAUCUUUAUCCUCCACGCGACGAGAUCGAACUUUGAGCCUCGACUCAAAGAUAACCAAUAUGCCAGAAGAUAAUUCAAUACCUAAUGAGAAGUAUUUCGCUUCGCGUAAAAACGAAGAAGCUUCGACAGCAAUGAUGAGUUUAUUACUUGCUGAAGCUCCCAAAGAAGUAUUGGAACAAAUAAGUGUUGAAAGAUUCAAAUCCUCUACUAUUAUGGCGAUUUCAUCAAUCCUUAAUAAUGAUACACAAUCACCACAAAUUUCACAAACUUCACAAAAUAAUCACAAAGAUCGCAUUCAUUCACGCAAAAAUCCUUAUCCAAUGCGUUCAUCACAGAAAUCAUCGGAGCCUGCCAGUCCAAGACUGGAACCCAAAAAGAAACAACAAAAUAUUAAACCACCACGAUCAAAACGCGAAGGGGGUGUCAUGAAAGUCAAGCAACGACGUCGUAAAGGUAAUUCGUUGGCACGAGUCUUGGCGGAUUCCGGUAUAAUAGAAUCGCCAUUUGUCCAGUUGGGAUCAACGUUAGAGGUAAAUGGCGAAGUUAAGCCAUUACGCCUGCCGCUCGCCCCCCAAAUGGAAUUCUCAAAACUUCUUAAUGAACUUAAGGAUUUAUCAUUGGAUAAUCGUGGUCUAAAUAUUCGACCUGUAAUGACAUGGAAAACUGGGCCACUCUCGAUCGAACAUCUCGCGCAUUUUAAUGAAUUACAUCCAACGGAAGCAUACGUCGCAUCUAUAUUACGUUUAACACCCGUCCAAUACUUCAACGCAAAGCAUUCAUUAAUAACAGCAUCGCGUCGAUAUGAAGGACGCGCCUUACCAUUUAGAAAAAGCGAUGCACAAAAAAUUCUACGAAUAGAUGUAAAUAAGGCGAGCAAAUUGUGGGAAUUUUUCCAUCAAUUAAAUUGGCUUUAA